AUCAUCAUCACCGCCACGAACAUCAUCACCACGAACAUCAACAUCAACAACAAGCUCAACAACAAACAACAGCAACGCCCAGCGUUACAAGCAGCGGAAGCAGCAGCAGCGGCAGUAGCAGCAGUAGGCAGGAGAAAUGAAGCUGUCUGUCUCAGCAUACAGGGCACAGGCGAGCGCUCACAAGAAGAUCUUAAGCAAUUAUCAGCCACAGCUUAGCUACGGUGCCACCUAUCAGGCAUCCUCGGCCCGGAGCCCCUCAGACCCCGCGGCGGUCCUUCCUGGUCUUAAGGUGGAUCGAGCGGAUAACGAGGAGGCCCAGGCAGGAGGACUGGCGCCGCCGUCGUCCGCGCACCACCACAGCGGUGGACUCGGCUCGAGAAUGGGCCCGGGGCCCGAUUCAGGCAGCAGUGCCCCAUCGUCGGUGCCCCACUCGCUGGCCACGUCACGCGACGAGGAGGACGACGACGACGAAGAGAGCAGCGGUCGACGAUCCAACGGUCACGGAGGAUCUAGGUCGGCUCGGGCGGCAGCUCGACAGCGGCGCAACUUGAGGCGGCUGCACAAGUCGCUCAGCGCAGGCGGAAGUGCAGGCUACGGCCGCCCCGGUGGCAGCAACAGCAGAAGUUUCGGCGGCUACAGCGACGGCGGCGGUAGUUUCGACGGUUUUGUGAAUGCGCCCACCACGCCACCGACGACUACUUCAAACUCCCUUGAUGGCGAUUCAGAAAUACCCGCGGCCGGCGCGAUUGGUUCGCAUGGCACGAGAGGCUCUCAAAAAUGGAGCAACGUUAGGGCCGUUAUGGCUCUCUAUUCCUCUCUUCGCAAGAUCAAGAGAACGAAGAGCAACCAGCGGUGGAUGAAAUUACGCACAACGGUCCAGCUGUCCUCGGCGGUGUCAGCCAUACAGAAGAAGCCCCCGCUCAAGCGCGAGGACUCGUUUCUCAAGCGCUUCUCGACGCGACAGAUACCCGAGAGCCAGGAGACGAUCGACACGGGCGAGGGCGAGGGCGACCAGUCGGACGAGAAGUUCCAGACGCGCCGGCGGCGCAGGCAGCGCAAGCUGCAGAAGGCCCCCAAGACGGUGGUCAAUCCGGACGAGAACUUCUACUACUACUGGCUCAUGCUGCUGUCCGGCUGCGUGCUCUACAAUCUGUGGACGCUCAUCGUGCGCCAGAGCAUGCCCGAGCUCCAGGAGCUCUUCCCCGAGGUCUGGAUGGGCUUCGACGGCUUCACCGAUCUCAUCUUCUUUCUCGACGUGGGCGUGCAAUUUCGCACGGGCUACCUGGAGCAGGGCCUCAUGGUCUACAACAGCAAGAAGCUAGCCGGCCACUACUUCAGGUCCAAGUGCUUCAUACUCGAUCUGCUGGCGCUGAUGCCGCUGGACCUGCUGCAAUUCAACAUCGGCGUCAAUCCGCUGCUGCGCUUCCCCCGCUUCCUCAAGAUCUAUCGCGUCUACAAUUACUACUACAUGGUGGAGUCGCGCACCGUCUAUCCGAAUCUCUGGCGCGUCUUCAAUCUCAUACACAUACUGCUGAUACUGGCGCACUGGUUCGGCUGCUUCUACUACUUGCUGAGCGAGGCCGAGGGCUUUCACGGCGACUGGGUCUAUCCUUAUCGACCGGGCGAGUACGCGACCCUCACGCGCAAGUAUCUCGGCUCGCUCUACUGGUCGACGCUCACCCUCACGACCAUCGGGGAUCUGCCCACGCCCGAGACUAACGCCGAAGCUGUAGCGGGCGGCAACCACCGGAGUCUCGCUCGUCGUGGUCGACUGUCUCGACUUCUGCAGUUCAAGCAUAACGGAGGAUACAUAUUCACCAUCGUCAGUUACCUCAUCGGCGUGUUCAUCUUCGCGACGAUAGUCGGCCAGGUGGGCAACGUCAUCACGAAUCGCAACGCCAAUCGGCUGGAGUUCGAGCGUCUGCUGGACGGCGCCAAGACCUACAUGAGGCACCACAAGGUGCCGGGCGGCAUGAAGCGACGCGUGCUGCGCUGGUACGACUACAGCUGGUCGCGCGGGCGCAUACAGGGCGGCGGCGACAUCAACACGGCCCUGGGUCUGCUGCCGGACAAGCUCAAGACCGAGCUGGCGCUGCACGUCAAUCUGUCCGUGCUGAAGAAGGUCACGAUUUUUCAGGAAUGUCAACCGGAGUUUUUGCACGACCUCGUUCUCAAGAUGAAAGCCUACAUAUUUACACCGGGCGACUCGAUAUGUCGCAAGGGCGAGGUGGCGCGAGAGAUGUUCAUUAUAGCGGACGGAAUCCUCGAGGUGGUCGGCGAGACGGGCCGAGUACUCACGACGAUGAAGGCCGGCGAUUUUUUUGGCGAAAUUGGAAUACUUAAUCUCGAUGGACUCAAUAAACGAACGGCGGACGUACGCUCGGUCGGUUAUUCCGAGCUGUUCAGUCUGUCGCGCGAGGACGUGCUCGCGGCGCUCAAGGACUACCCCGAGGCCCAGGAGAUCCUGCAGAAGCUCGGCGAGAAGCGACUCAGAGAGGCGCAGCGAGUGGCGCGGGCCUAUCGCAAUCCGCCGUCGCCGGGCGGCCACGACUCGUCCGACAACAGCACGGGCAAGCGAAUCGGCGAGAAGCUGCGCAUCGUCGACAAGCUCCGUAGCGACGCCAAGGGCCUCAAGAACGUGCUGCGCAAGAGCCGCAGGAGCGGCCGGCCCAACGACGACGGCCUCGAGCUCCAGCCCCUGACGGCGCGAGCGCCGCAGCUCAGGCGGCAGACGCGCAUCGACGAGAGCCACGUGGACUCGUUCGCGUCCGGCGCCCCGGAGCCGCCGAUUUCGCCGCUGGGCGCUGGACUGCCGCUCAUCAGUCGGCUGAGGCUGCUCAAGGAGAAGCAGGAGCGCGAGGAGAGGCGAAAUCUCAUGGACCAGGCGGCCGCCGGCCAUCAGACCACGGAAAUGACCCAAGCAAGCGCGGAGCUAGUGAGCACGAGCUCGAGCACUACGGGCGUCGGAGCGGGCGCGUCGAUGAUUCAACGUCUGCUGCACAAGAAACCCAAGCCCGAGCCCGAUACCGUGGCCAUCGAGUCAGCGGUGGUGAAGGAGCCUCUGCUGCCGCCCUGCAGCAGCGUCAUCCCCGAGGAGAGCGAGAUCUUCGCGUCGUGCGACCAGACCGACGACGCCACCUCCGCCGAGGCCACCAUGAUGGGCAGCUCUCUGGCGCUGCAUAGGUCGCCGCUGGCCGCUUCGUCGAUGGACGGCGACGCGGGAACGAGUCGCAAAUGGGCCAUGCUCAAGGACGCCUCGAUCAAGGGUGGUCCCUCGAGCAGCGCCACAGUUCGAGUCUCGGAAACGAUAACGACGACGACGACGGCGGCGGGGGCGACGGCCUCGACGUCGCGCUACCACUCGCGCGACUCCGUGCAAGCUCGGCGCGGCGCCGCGAAAAAGGGCGGCAGCAGCGGAGGCAGCAGCCAGCAGACCAAGAUGUACGCCUCGGUGGACGACCUGUCGCCCGAGUACGGCGGCCUGCCCUUCGUCAAGAAGCUCAAGAUCCUGAACGAGCGCCAGAAGCUGGCCGAGCUCGAGCGGGCCGUGCGCAGCUCGAGCCUGGACUGCGGCGAGAGCGUCGAGUUCGACAGCAAUCUGACGAGGAGCCACUCGGAGGCCUGCGCCAUCGAGUACGCGCGCAGGCUCGCCAAGCUCAACAAGUUUUUAGAAGACACUUGUGCUAGGCAAGCGUCACGACUUUGGGUCAAGGAUAUUUCUCCGACUGACUCUUCAGCAGCUUUUCGCAAAAAUAGACUGAUUUUCGAUACAACGAUGGUUCCUGAUAUGCUAAUAGAGCGCCAGCGUCGCACUUGUCAAUCGCCAGAACAGCUUUCGCCCGAAAAUGAAACGCUAGAACGGCGCAAGCUUAAGAGUAUCCUUAAGAAGCUGUCGGCGGGCAGCAGAGCCGACAGCUCGGAGGUCUCCUCGAUGACGAGCACGCCGGACCGCGAGGCCGCGACGGCCGAGCUGAAAAAGCUGAUGCGCGCCCCGACCCUCGAGGGCUACGCGGCCAGGCACUCCAAGCUAGCCAAGAGCGUGACCUUUAACAAGUAUACUUUGCAGAGCCCGCCGGGCAGCGAGCAGCUCCAUCAGCAGUUCCAGCAGCAGCUGCAGCAGCAGUUGCUCCAGCACCAGCAGAGCAUCAAGCAGAGGCAGUACUCGGCGGCCAGCGGCGGCAGCAGCUCGUCGUCCGGUUCGUUGUCUCUGCAGGAGGGGCCGAGUGUCGGUUCGCCCCAGGCCACCACCACCGCGGUACCCGCCGAUGGCGCCGAUCAGUUGGAGGCCCAGCAACAGCAAACACUGCCGUAUUCAAAAGUCAGUUUCCGACCGUUGGCCAUCGGAGCCCCGAGCUCGACGUCUCUGGUCUCCGCUCAGUACCAGCAGCCAAAGACGCGCGAGGACGAGUGCAUGAACGACCUCGUCGCGGCCGUUCGAAACGUUCUCCAGACCAGAAUGGAAUCCGAGGAGUACAAGUACGAGCGACAGUUCUCCUCGCUGCAGUCGGAGAUCCGCAAGCGCGACGAGAUCAUACUGCAGCUGCAGGCGCGCAUACUGCAGCUGGAGAACCAGGAGAGCGGCAACGAGGACGACGAGGAGUCCUUCGGCGACAGCACCGUGCAGGACGGCUCGAUGGAGGAGGAGCUGGCCGAGGACAACGAGGACCAUCCGUUCAUGCGCGACGGCUCGGUGGACACGGUGCUGCAGGCGGCCGGGGCGGCCCGACCCCGUCGACGUCGCCGAUCCUCGGACACCACGGGCAUGGGCACGAGCGCGCUGGCCCUGCGGCCGGCCCGUCGCUCCUGGGACGAGCACUCCGAGGAGGAGACGCUCGAGCUGCAGGACCUGCCGCGCUCGAUCACGCCCCAGGCCGUCUGGGCCGGCUCGUCGGGCGACGUCGUCAUCGAUCUCGAGUCGAGCGACGAGGUAGCCGUCGUGGCCGGCACCAGUGGUAUGCAAUCGGUCCAGCAGCAGCAGCAGCAACAGGCAGCCGACAGCACCGACGACGAGGAAAGCUCGGAGGUCAUCGACGUCGCGGAGAUCAUCGACGAGCACGGCCACAACAACUGGGAGGUAGCCAUGCUCGCCCAGGAGCUCGAGAGGCGGCGUCGCAGCAGCGAGACCUCGUCCACGAGUCCGCCGGGCUCCUAGCCCGGCUUCUGUCGCGGCUUCUUCCAACAGCAGCUGCGCAACCGACCGCCGAAGAAACUCAUGAAGAGCCAACUGCUAUCCACUGCCCCACAACCAUUAUUAUUAUUAUUACGACCGACCCGCGCGUACAUCAACCACCUGCGAUCGCUCGAAUCGUCGUUACUUUUUCUACUUGGCAAGCUUGCGAACGCGACGAGCCGACUUUUUUUUCCAGCCCGCUGCUGCUCUAUCGGUUUGGACUGAGAGAAUUUUUGUCUCGUCGGCGCGUAAGUACUUUCCGUGUCUUCGUUGUCAUUCAAAGCCCACAUGGUUUCUUCCUAUAUGAUAAAUGUUACAUGAAAAUCGAAUUUAUCGAGGUACGACGAGAAUCUGGAAUUUUCGUCGCGAGAAAAUUAUAUUAAACAGACGUCAUUACUAUAUAAUAUACGUUGAUGGUAAGUUUUGUAUUGAUGAAUGAAUUUUAAUAAAAAAAAAACAAAAAUACGCCUAUGAUAAGUUGAAUGUCGUGAGCGAGAAUUUUUAAAAGAAAUCGAGGUAGCAAAUAAUUGAGAGAAUGCAUUUUUAGGAUAAUUACUACAGUUAGUUAUUGUUAUAAUGAAACGAUGGAAUUUUUUAGUACCUUCUAAUGUAAAGUAGGUAAAAAAAAAUGGAGAUCACACAUUAGGCUUAAGAGUACGUAAUUGAUACUUAAUAUACAUUAGCAGCAGCGACCGCAGUGCACGAUGUAACGAGGACCUUCUGAUGCUGAAUGUUGAAUAAAUGUCGAUUCAUCUUCAUUUCAUAUAGUAGCGAAAAUCUGAUAUGUUAUUCGAAGAGGGAAAAUAUAAAAUCUAAAACAAGUGAAUGACUCGUCACUUCGUUUAGUGCGCAUGAAUCAAAUAAUAUUUUCUAAUAUAGCUCACAGUAUUGACUAGUUUUCUUCUUAUAAUUAGAUUCCAUAUUUUUCUACACCCCCCUCAGAUCUGAAAAUGUGAAGAAAAAAAAGUUAAAAUAACGUAAUGUGCAUCUCUGGAAAGUAGCAUACAAAAAUUUAGCUUGUGCAGCAGAAGUAAAGCAAACAAAAUUAUACACAUUACACCCAUAUGUAAAUAAGUAUAAUGUAUCGCGAUGGUGAACGAAAAACACUCAUUUCAUUUCUUUUAUUGUAAAUAUUCACAGGUGCCUGAAAAAAAGUAUUUACUGUAACUUGAGGUGUACCUUAAACAUUUUACAUAGACACGUACCAUCGAGCACCGAAAUUAACAAGAUUUGACUGCGUUUGUAGUUUAAAAGUUUAUUUACGACUUUCUGAAAUAAUGUAACGACGAUUUCACGUUUAUCUUAAAAAUCAUUUUGAUAUGAAUUGGAUAGAUAUAAAUUAAAUAUCGUAAGUUUAAAAAUCACUAUUUAAUGAAUU